UUUCCACUGUGAAAGUUAUUCCCCAGCCGAAGGAGGAGAGCCAGUGACAGCCCACUCUCUCCUACCAACAACCCCAAUCUGCUUUUGAAACAGUAGUCGGCGUGCUGAGGCAAGAGCUAACCUGUAUCUCUCUCUCUUUCUCUCUCUCCCUCUCUCUCUCUCUCUCUCUCUCUCUCUCUGUCUGUCUGUCUGUGGGACAUCGAGGCGAAGGGGAGAGCUCACAACACAACACGGCGGUCCUCCAUGGCUCUGUGCAACGGAGACAGCAAGCUGGAGAUCAGCAGCGCAGAGCAGAAUGGAUCAUGUGAGGGGGCAGUGGCGAUCCUGGAUGCAGGGGCCCAGUAUGGCAAGGUGAUCGACAGGCGGGUGCGAGAGCUGUGUGUGCGCUCUGAGAUCCUUCCCUUGGAGACCCCAGCCUUUGCUAUCAGAGAACAGGGCUACAGGGCAAUCAUCAUUUCAGGAGGCCCUGCCUCUGUGUAUGCAGAAGAUGCACCCUGGUUCGACCCUGCCAUAUUCACUAUAGGAAAGCCCGUCCUUGGGAUUUGCUAUGGCAUGCAGAUGAUGAAUAAAGUUUUUGGUGGCACAGUGCACAAGAAGAGUGUAAGGGAAGAUGGAGUGUUCAGUAUUGGACUGGACAACACUUGCUCCCUCUACAGAGGCCUUCAGAAGGAGGAACUGGUCCUGCUGACCCAUGGAGACAGUGUGGAUAAAGUGGCUGAUGGCUUUAAAGUGGUGGCCCAGUCAGGGAACAUCAUUGCCGGGAUUGCCAACGAACAGAAGAAGCUGUACGGGACACAGUUUCAUCCUGAAGUCGACUUGACAGAGCGAGGCAUGGAGAUGCUCCGUAACUUCCUCUUUGAGAUCGCGGGAUGCACGAGUAAUUUCACCGUACAGAACCGCCAACAGGCCUGCAUCAAUGAUAUCAGAGAAAAAGUAGACAAGUCUAAAGUGCUGGUGCUGCUGAGUGGCGGCGUGGACUCGACAGUUUGCACAGCCCUCCUCAACAAAGCUCUGAACCAGGAUCAGGUGAUUGCAGUUCACAUCGACAACGGCUUCAUGAGGAAGAGAGAGAGUCAGAGUGUGGAGGAGGCCCUCACCAAACUGGGCAUCAAACUCAAAGUGGUAAAUGCAGCUCACACUUUCUACAACGGAACGACAACACUUCCCAUCUCUGAGGAAGACAGGACGCCCCGGAAGCGCAUCAGCAAGACCUUGAAUAUGACCACCAACCCUGAGGAGAAAAGGAAAAUCAUUGGAGAUACAUUUGUCAAGGUGGCGAAUGAAGUGAUUGGAGAGAUGAAUCUGAAGCCAGAAGAGGUUUUCUUGGCCCAGGGUACCCUGAGGCCUGACCUCAUUGAGAGCGCCUCUCAUCUCGCCAGUGGCAAGGCAGAGGUCAUCAAAACACACCACAACGACACCGAGCUCAUCCGCAAACUCCGAGAUGAGGGAAAAGUAAUCGAACCACUGAAAGAUUUCCAUAAAGAUGAGGUCAGAGCGCUGGGGAGGGAGCUGGGUCUGCCGGAGGAGAUUGUCUCUCGACACCCUUUCCCUGGUCCUGGUUUGUCCAUCAGGGUGAUUUGUGCAGAGGAGCCAUACAUCUGCAAGGACUUUGCAGAGACAAACAACAUCCUCAAAAUCGUCACAGACUUCUCUGCAAGUGUCAAAAAGCCCCACGCCUUGCUGCAGAGAGUCAAGUCGUGCAUAUCGGAUGAGGAGGAGGAGAAGCUCAUGCAGAUCACCAGCCUUCAUUCACUCAAUGCCUUCCUGCUGCCCAUCAAAACUGUCGGCGUCCAGGGUGACUGCCGGUCCUACAGUUAUGUGUGCGGCGUCACAAGUAAAGAAUCUCCACACUGGGAGUCUCUCAUGUUCCUGGCCAGACUCAUCCCUCGCAUGUGCCAUAGCAUCAAUAGAGUUGUGUAUGUAUUUGGGUCCCACGUGAAGGAGCCGCCUACAGACAUUACCCCGACCUUCCUGACCACAGGCGUUCUGAGCACGCUUAGACAGGCUGACUUUGUAGCUCACUCUAUUCUCAGAGAGUCUGGCUACUCUGGUAAGAUCAGCCAGAUGCCGGUCAUCCUGACCCCUCUGCACUUUGACCGUGACCCACUGCAGAAGCAGCCAUCCUGCCGGCGCUCCGUGGUGGUCCGCACCUUCAUUACCAGCGACUUCAUGACUGGCAUCCCCGCCAUGCCGGGCAACCAUCUCCCUGAGGAGGUGGUGCUGAAGAUGGUAAAUGAGAUUAAGAAGAUUCCAGGCAUCUCCAGAGUCAUGUAUGAUCUGACCUCCAAACCACCUGGCACCACAGAGUGGGAAUAAAACACAACAUGACGUUGCACCGAUAGGACACACACUCACACACAAUGCACAAACACACUCAACAGAUAUCAGAGAGGGCUGGUGAACUCCUCUCCUUCUUUUCUGUCCUUCCUCCCUUCCUACUUUCCUUCUCCCCCCUCCCCUCCCCUCCUCCUCCUCCUCCUCCUCCUCCUCCCUCCUGUACCUCCCCUUCCUCUCUUCAACAUUCCCAUGGAAGGCAGACCGUACUGUGACGGGCGCACACGCAAAGGCGCUACUACUCUGCUCUCCCCACAACUCCUCCCUGGUCUUAAUAUUUUUGGCGAUAGGGAUCGAUUAAUGUCGGUUAUUGAUAAUAUAUUGACUUUGUUUCAUUUCCAUGUACAACAAUUGUAUUUCCUCUCUUAUGAUAAAAAGGUAAAUUGCUGCUUCCUGUUGUGAGGUCGACUAUUAAAGGCAAGUGGCCAGAUGCUGUGAACGUACAGAUAGUGGACUUUAUUGUGCCUCAGGUUGCAUUGUGGGAUGAGCAAAGCAUAAAAAUAAGUAAACAGAAGUGUCACAAAAAGAAAGAACAGUGGAAGGAGGGUUUUGAAAAUCUUCAAUUGUUUUCUGCCUUUUUUUUUUUUUUUUCUUUUUGGUCAAAUGUUUUUGUUUUACUGUUGUAGGUCAAUGUCCUCAGCCUAAGACUAUCCUCUCUCUCUCUCUGUUCAUUUUCACUUUCUGCCUGUAUACUGUGCUAUGAAGAAGGUUGUCUGUGCAAAGUAAAACAGACAAAACCUAUGUGACCAAUCAAUGAUUUUUAAGCUUUUUUUUUUUGUUGUUGUUUUGUUUUGCCAAAAGUAGAAUAUGCUGUGUUGAUAUAACGUUCUGGGCUCCUCUGACGAUCUUCUCCAAGCUACAUUUGUUGACAAGAGGUGUUGACUGUUGCCGUCCCCAUCAUGGACAGCAGUUAACCAGCUGUGCAGCUGUACAGGAGGCCAAUAUGAUGGGUGACUUUGUACGUGCCUGUUCUAUUGUUUUGUUUUGUUUUUUUCAUUUGGUGUGAUCUGACCUGGAUGUUUCCAGAGACGAGGAUAUAACAGUUUCUCCUCAUGCUGCAAUAUGUAUGCUUUUUAUGAAGAAUAAACAUGGCAAGAGGACUAACUAAUAACAAAAUUAUAAGUACAGUAGAGUUUAUAACCACAGUGUGUAAAUUGCUGUCGUCAUUUCAACAUUAUUUGGCUGCUCUUUUGCUCUGCAGGGGCGCUUUUUUUUUUUUUUUUCUCACCCAUAAAGCCUCUGUGCUUUAUCAACAGAAUUGUACAUCCAGUGGAGACUUCACCUUAUUAAGUGUUUUGCUCUGUAGUGUCACAGGUCAGGUUAGGAGUACUGUCAGUUGCCAUCUCCGAUGUAAAUUCACUGUGUCUAAAAAAAGGCAUUACUGGUUCAUUUUUCUGUUCUGUCAAAACUAGUCAUUCUUGUCAUCUAGACCUCAGUGAAUACAGCGCUCAGGUUUAACUGAGUUUUAAAAAGCGUAUAAGAUAGAGACAUCUCACUCGGGCGUGGUGCUUCUCAUGCCUCCAGAAUUUGUCUCCGUGCCUCUCAUCCUCUGUUACUCCCUCACCUUUAGUGGCAGAAUAUUCCCAAUGCAAAAUGAAUGGUUUCCUUACUUGUCUGAACUGCUAUGGUUAUUAGUGUUUCUCCCUCUGUUCUGCCUUUUUAUAUGUGUGUAUUUUAUGUUUCAUAUGUCUCCAUAGAAAACAACAGCUUGAUAAUAAUAGACAUAAUUUUGUAGUUGGAUUUAAUUGCAAUAUCAAUAAGAUUAAGUUAUGCAAUUCUAUGUCUGAUGGGGUUUUUUUUUUUCGUUUGUUUUGGGGUUUUUUGUUCAACAAUGCUCAUUCUCCUUAGUAACGUGCCUCAAACCAAGCCACUGCAUGCAGUUUCAACUAUGACAUUUGUACAAUGGAAAACUGAGCUUUAAUAAAGAUCUCCAUGUGGAAACUUCCCA